UCGAUACUGGUUUGCUUGCAGCAGACUGGCGGUAGUGGUUAGUACUCGCAGCUAUAGUCAUUCAAGUUUUCACCUGACACUGUAGGCCUACAUAUUAUGAACGUAGCAGAAGGUUCAGAGUUAUUUUGCGAAUGGAGUGGGACUCUGACUAUUGCCUUGUGACAUUUGUGUGAUCGUCGAUCGAUUGCUGUUUCGUAAAUUGCCAAUAUUGGAGGGCCAGGGUAGAAGUUCAAGCCGGUUUUAAUCAUAGCCGCUGUCAGAUUGGCUUUUUCAUAGGCUACAUUAUCAUUCAAAUGCGUUGAUAGCCUAUUUAUCGUCACUAGAAGUUGUCUUUAUAGUGAUUUCCUAUGUCUACGCGUCGGAGUUAUAAUGCUGCAUUCAAAACAACUGGGAACUCGGAAAAACGAGCUCCGAAUUUUCGACCUGAAGAUCACUGAGGUCAUGAUUUAACCUCGUUUUCCCCCGUGUUCCCAGUUGUCUUGAAAGCACCACAAGUAACAGAGGAAACGGGUGGUCACUAGUUACCACAGCCGCAAAGUAAUAAAGCCCGCCAAUUUCUUUAAUUUACCUUCUUAAAUUUUGAUUGUCAACAUAACCCUUAAACACACUGCUAACCUUAUUCCUAACGUUAAAUGAAGCACAUUUUUGUUUUUAUGGUACAGCCUCAUUUUGACUUUGUGGCUGUGGUAACUAGUGGAAACCGAGAAACGCUUUCACAAAAACAUGCACAUAUCACGUGAUCGUGCCAGCUGUACCCAGAUAGGAAGAGGAAGAGAGUGGCCAAACUCGGCGUAAAAUCUGUCUCCCUCCAGCAGGUGGUGUAGUUUUACCCACCAAGCAAGGAGUUUUUGAAUGGAGGUCAAUGAGUGUGUCGAAAUUUGGUCAACAAAAAAUUGAAUGGCUUAUUUGGUCGAAUACGUUUUGUAAUGCACACAUUGUUUUGAGUGUACUGAUAUAAGUAGGACACGUGAUAUCCAGGCAACUUUGAGAAAAAACACUUUUAUAUCGGAGUUGUCGCGAGGUGGCUAUGCAUAUUCAUAUCAUGAGGCUAGUAGCAUAGCAUCUCUUCAUUGGAUACGGAUGGUUGACAUCGACAACCCUCGUCGAAUAUUACAAUAAUGAGAUGUGUCCACCAAUCCAAAGAAAGGAUAGGCGGGAGCUAGUCAGCCCGCCGUUCUUCUUUGUGGACAAUGACUCCAAUUGUUAGGGCGGAGAGACAUGUAAUUUUGUCAGUAUACCCAUAAUCUUUGCUGUAGCAUAGUUAGAACAAUUCCAUCAAGGACACUGUAUCCAGUUUCACUAUUUGCCACAAAGUCAAAAUUGUCUAGGCCUACAGUAUAUCAAAACAAUUAAUGAAAACAAAAUUGUGCUUUUUGGUCUUCAUUUAAGGUUAGGCAUAAGGUUAGUAGUGUGGUUAAGGUUAUGGUUAUGUAAUCAGAUUUUAAUAAGAGAAAUUGUAGUAUUGUGCGGGGUUUAUGUCUUUGUGGGCUGUGUUAACUUGGGAACCAGGCGCCGGUGACGCUAGCAAUCUGAUUUGUUGGUCGCACUCACUCAAGAGCACCACGGCGCAAGCGAGUCUAUGAUAUGGGACGAAGAAAACGGCCAUUGCCUGUUCAGCAGGAAAAAAUUGAGGAUUUGGAGGCAAAACAUGCACGAAUUGAGGAAUCUGAUGGAUGGACGGGUGUCAACGAGCACAGCUUCAUAGCUGUGAAACCGGAUGGUGUGCACCGGAGGCUAGUGGGAGAGAUCAUCCAGCGCUUUGAGAAAAAGGGCUUCAGAUUGGUGGGAAUGAAACUAGUCCAGGCAUCCGAGGAUCUCCUGAGAGAGCACUACGGGGACCUGAGAGACAAACCCUUCUUCAAUGGAUUGGUGCGCUACAUGAGCUCUGGACCCAUCGUUGCCAUGGUGUGGCAAGGUCUGGAUGUGGUGAAGAUGUCUCGCAAGAUGCUGGGAGAGACCAACCCGGCAGACUCCCUACCAGGAACCAUCAGAGGAGACUACUGUAUGGAAGUGGGCAGGAAUGUGAUCCAUGGCAGUGACUCUGUGGAGAGCGCUCAGAGAGAGAUCUCUCUGUGGUUCAGGCAGAAUGAGCUACUGUGCUGGGAGGACAGCAGCGGACACUGGAUCUACGAGUGACACACACACACCACUUGUAGACCACCUAAGUGCCUUCAGAAACUAUUCACACCCCUUUCCUUUUUCCACAUUUUGUUUUUCCAAGCGGGAUUGAAAUUGAUUUAAUUCUCUUUUUCUGUCAACGGUCUACACAAUACUUUGUCAAAGUGAAAGAAAUUCUAACAUAUAUACAAAUAUCCAUGAAAAAUAGAACACUAAUAUAUCUUUGAUAAGUAUUCAUACCCCUGAGUCAAUACAUGUUAGAAUAACCUUUGGCAGCAAUUACAGCAGUUAGUCUUUCUGGGUAAGUCUCUAAGAGCUUUGCACACCUGGAUUAUACAAUAUUUGUACAUUAUUCUUUUGAAAAUUCUUCAAGGGCUGUCAGGUUGGGUGUUGAUCAUGCUAGACAGCUAUUUUCAAGUCUUGCCAUAUUUUCAAGCUGUUUUAAGUGAAAACAGCAACUAGGCCACUCAGGAACAUUCAAUGUUGUUUUGGUAAGCAACGCCAUUGCCUUCAGAAAGUAUUCACACCCCUUUUUCCACAUUUUGUUGUUACAGCCUGAAUUUAAAAUUGAUUAAAUUGAGAUUGUGACACUCCUACAUGCAGUAUCCCAUAAUGUCAAAGUGGAAUUGGGUAUAUUUUAUAUAUAUACACUGCUCAAAAAAAUAAAGGGAACACUUAAACAACACAAUGUCAAUCACACUUCUGUGAAAUCAAACUGUCCAAUUAGGAAGCAACACUGAUUGACAAUACAUUUCACAUGCUGUUGUGCAAAUGGAAUAGACAAAAGGUGGAAAUUAUAGGCAAUUAGCAAGACACCCCCAAAAAAGGAGUGAUUCUGCAGGUGGUGACCACAGACCACUUCUCAGUUCCUAUGCUUCCUGGCUGAUGUUUUGGUCACUUUUGAAUGCUGGCGGUGCUCUCACUCUAGUGGUAGCAUGAGACGGAGUCUAUAACCCACACAAGUGGCUCAGGUAGUGCAGUUCAUCCAGGAUGGCACAUCAAUUCGAGCAGUGGCAAAAAGGUUUGCUGUGUCUGUCAGCGUAGUGUCCAGAGCAUGGAGGCGCUACCAGGAGACAGGCCAGUACAUCAGGAGACGUGGAGGAGGCCGUAGGAGGGCAACAACCCAACAGCAGGACCGCUACCUCCGCCUUUGUGCAAGGAGGUGCACUGCCAGCGCCCUGCAAAAUGACCUCCAGCAGGCCACAAAUGUGCAUGUGUCAGCAUAUGGUCUCACAAGGGGUAUGAGGAUCUCCUCUCGGUACCUAAUGGCAGUCAGGCUGUAACGACUUUGCCGAAGAGGAAGAAAACCACUCUGGGAUUUCACCACGAGGCCAAUGGUGACUUUACACAGUUACAGCGUUAAAUGGCUGUGAUAGGAGAAAACUGAGGAUGGAGAAACAACAUUGUAGUUACUCCACAAUACUAACCUGAGUGAAAAGAAGGAAGCCUGUGCAGAAUAAAAAUGUCAAAACAUGCAUCCUGUUUGCAAUAAGGCACUAAAGUAAAACUGCCCAAAGUUUGGAAAUUAACUUUGUCCUGAAUACAAAGAGUUAGGUUUGGGGCAAAUCCAACACAACGUAUCACUGAGUACCACUUCAUAUUUCCAAGCAUGGUGGUGGCUGAAUCAUGUUAUGGGUAUGCUUCUCAUCAGCAAGGACUAAGGAGUUUUUUAGGAUAAAAAUACAUUAAAUAGCUAAGCACAGGCAAAAUCCUAGAGCAGAACCUGGUUCAGUCUGCUUUCCAACAGACACUGGGAAACAAAGUCACCUUUCAGCAGGACAAUGACCUAAAACACAAAGCCAAAUAUACACUGGAGUUGUUCCUGAGUGGCCUAGUUACAGUUUUGACUUAAAUUAGCUUGAACAUGUAUGACAAGACUUGAAAAUGGCUGUCUAGCAAUGAUCAACAACCAACAUGACAGAGCUUUUGUAAUUUUAAAAAUAAAUUGUGCAAAUAUUGUACAAUCCAGGUGUGCAAAGGUCGUAGGGUCCCGAUCAGAGUUAAGCAGGCUUAAAUGGUACGUAAUUCACUUUUUAUGCACUUUUCUCUAUGCUUAUUCUGACCUUAAAUCUUAAAGGAAAACUCCCCCGAAAAACAAAUGUUUUGGUAUUUGGUUAAUUAGUGCAUUGCUGAUCUAGUCCCAAAACAUUUUGCAUGUCAGCAAUCAAGUUUUCAAGAUGUCUAACUUUGAAAAUACAGACAUCUGACCCGUAUGAUGCAUUUAGCAUUAUUUGAUGCAAAACACAGAUGUUUCAUGAGAUGAGAUGAAAUAAAAGAUCCCUGUAUUGUUCCAUA